UCCAUCCCUCCGGUCACCCCUUCAUCAUGCACUCUACCACCUCCAUCACCUCGCUCUUCUCGUUCACCAGCCCGGCGGUGAAGAGGCUGCUGGGGUGGAAGCAGGGCGACGAGGAGGAGAAGUGGGCGGAGAAGGCAGUAGACUCCCUGGUGAAGAAGCUGAAGAAGAAGAAGGGAGCGAUGGAGGAGCUGGAGAGAGCCCUCAGUUGCCCCGGACAACCCAGCAAGUGUGUGACCAUCCCUCGGUCUCUGGACGGGCGUCUCCAGGUGUCCCAUCGUAAGGGCCUCCCCCACGUCAUCUACUGCCGGGUGUGGCGCUGGCCGGACCUGCAGUCCCACCACGAGCUCAAGGCCCUGGAUUGCUGUGAAUUCCCCUUUGGCUCCAAACAGAAGGACAUUUGCAUUAACCCGUACCACUACAGACGAGUGGAGACUCCAGUUCUCCCUCCGGUGCUGGUCCCACGCCACAGUGAGUUCAACCCUCAGCACAGCCUGCUGGUUCGCUUCCGUAACGCCUCUCUCCACACGGAACCUCUGAUGCCCCAGAACGCCACCUACCCCGAUUCCUUCCCUCCUCUUCCUGGCACCCCUUUCUCUUCCUCCCCCUCCUCCUCCGUCGCCCAGUCCCCCACACCCGCCAGUUAUCCCAACUCUCCCAGCAGGUCAGCCGAGCCAGCCAGCCCCUACCAUAUCACAGCAGAGACCCCACCUCCCCCCUACAGUAUGAUGGAGACCGCCCCGACAGAGGAUGUUAAACCUGGAGAAUCCUCCAACACCAAGCUGAUCUUCUCAGCUCCGCACAGAGACCUCCGGCCUGUCUGUUACGAGGAGCCGGAGUACUGGUGCUCGGUGGCGUAUUACGAGCUGAAUAACCGCGUCGGGGAGACGUUCCACGCCUCGUCGCGAAGUGUCCUGGUCGACGGCUUCACCGAUCCCUCUAACAACAAGAACCGCUUCUGCCUUGGCCUGCUGUCCAACGUCAACCGCAACUCCACCAUUGAGCACACACGCCGGCACAUAGGAAAAGGAGUGCACCUCUACUAUGUGGGAGGGGAGGUGUACGCAGAGUGUCUGAGCGACAGCAGCAUCUUCGUCCAGAGUCGGAACUGUAACUACCAGCACGGCUUCCACGCCACCACCGUCUGCAAGAUCCCCAGCGGCUGCAGCCUGAAGAUCUUCAACAACCAGCUGUUCGCCCAGCUCCUCUCCCAGUCCGUCAACCACGGCUUCGAGGUCGUCUACGAGCUCACCAAGAUGUGCACCAUCCGGAUGAGCUUCGUCAAGGGCUGGGGUGCAGAGUACCAUCGCCAAGACGUCACCAGCACCCCCUGCUGGAUCGAAGUGCACCUGCAUGGCCCCCUUCAGUGGCUGGACAAGGUCCUCACCCAGAUGGGCUCCCCGCAUAACCCCAUAUCUUCCGUGUCCUAACACACACACACAAACAAUCCUCCACGAGUCUGUGCUUCCUGACAGGUAUUGAGCAUUAUUUCAUUCACACGUGACAACGGUACUGUGGUGGCCUACAGGGAAUCACACAUAACUUCCCGUGGCCUUCGGUUACUUCCUGUCCGCGAUACAGAGAGAAAUAACAGGACCACUGGGACAUCACCAGAUUUGCAAAACACUCCGGGCUGACCGGAAGAAAAAAAAAACCACUCUCCAGGGUCUGGUGACAUCCCUGCAGCAUUACAUAAACAUAUGUAUUGUUUUAGCUAGUUCCCAGUUUUAGUUAUACCUUUCCAUUCAGCCUUUCAUGUACUGAAAGCUGCACCGCUGCACGCGAACACCGAGCUCUUUUCACUGCACUCAGAGACGUCUGUGAUUCGGAUUCCACCCUUCGUCAUUCAGGAUUCAACCGACCAAUGGGACGUGCAUUUUGAGCAGGCACAGACGGCGAUGUCAUCCGUCUGUAGUUUGGUGUUUGUUGCGAGUUAUGUGUUGGAAUCGCAUACACUCUGCCCAGUGGAGGCCGGUGAAAGUUAACUGAGAAUGGGCAGACAGCGUUGGUUGAAAUGGAGGAAAUGGAAUAGUAUCUCACUCUGGGUUUAAUGUGUUUAGCUCCAUUCCAUUCACUACAAUCCAGAUAUCAACAUGGACCAAUUCUCCUCAGUUAAGGGUCAUUGGCCUCCACUGGUACUACAAGACCUGGAGCUGCAGUAACAGCCUGUUACAUUGUGAAAUGAUUGCCUUAGCUUUAAGAAAAGAAAUCUUAACAGUGCCCCCCCCCCCAAUGUAAUGUGGGUUUUGUAAUGACUGACUCCCUUUCUGCUUGUCUCAUUAAAGCUUUUUCCUAAAUAUUGUAA